AAACAACGGUUAGUGCCCACUACGGUGCCGCGCUGUAAAUACGUAUACACUGGCGGUCGUCUCCUUGGCCUGGAACCGAAAAAUAUUUAACUAAAAAAUAUAAAUUAAACUUCACUUGUUGGCCGUUUUAUUUGAACGUGGAAAAAUGUUUACUCAAUCCGUUUUCGCACGGAAAACCAUGAUUCUCGCCGUCGCAUUUAUUUUUUCGAUAGCCACCGUAGCGUACUCCGCUAACGCCGAAUCCGUUCGCAUGUGUAUAAUCCAAAAAAACCCAAUCGCCGAGGAACAUAAUAUAAACCCUCUGCACAAUAUCUACGGUGAAACACUGAUAACUGAGUGGAAUGAAUAUAUUUAUGUCGUAUCAAUUUGCUGUAAUGUACCGGAAAUGUUUUCUGAUCCCAGAAAAAUGACUGGUGCUAUUAAAUUAACGGCUGAUGGCAAAGCGAUCGAUCUUGGACACAUCGACAAAUCUAGUGUCAUAGUUAACGAGAAUAGUAUUAUGCUUACAUACACUAGUGGUGAUCGAGACAGAUAUACAGAAGACACUUGCAAAGGUUUUCGAUGGAAAACACAUGUGAAGUUCUUAUGUGAUCCGUCAGUAAACCAAGAUGUUUUAACAUUGAUUAAAGAAGAUCCCGAACAUUCUGAAAUAUGUCAAGUGUGGUUUGAAGUAAAAACAUCUAAAACAUGUAACUGGCAUUCAAAUACACCAUUAACUGUUUCGGAAAAUGAUUUUUCUAUUAGUGAAAAUCUGGUAACCAAAUCUGAAGAGUGGAGGACUGAUUAUGAUAAAUACAAUGUAAGAGAGUCAACCAAUUUCCAUAAUAUACCUUUAAAUAACGAGGAAAUUAAAAAUAGAAACUCAAUUAAAAUUACUUCAAAAGAUCAGAAAAAUCAAUUCGACAAUGAAAAUUAUUUAAAUGAGUAUAAAAAGUCACUUUACGAGAAAAGUGAAAUGGAGAAAGCUAAAGGAGGUAAUUUAAAAAUAAAUACACCCGAAGACAAAAUGUUGAUAGAUCAUGAGAAUAAUUAUAAUUAUUCAAGUAAUGAUUUGGAAAAUAAACUUAAUAAUUCCAAAAUUAACAACUUAAUAACUGUUCCUGUUAUAUCACUUAAUAAUGAAUACAGUUAUCCUGGAAAAAAUGAAAAUAUCUUGAGAUAUAAUAAUUUGAAAAAAUAUUUAAAUAAAAAUAAAAAUUCGGAAAGUAAAAAUGAAAAUUUGCUUAUAACCAAGUUAAUAAAAAAAGAUCAAAAUAAAAACGGUAAAUUAAACCAGAAUGUUUCGGAAAUAGAAAAAUUUUUAAGACAAAACACAUUUGAAAACCAAACAUCAAAUAAAGAAAUUAAUGAUUCUGAAGAUAACAAAAUACCAUCAGAUAACGAAAAAAAGUUUAAUCAAGACUAUUUAAAAAAAUCGAAUUUAAAUAACGAUACUAAAAAUAACACUUUGAACUCAUACAACGGGGUUUUAAAUAGUAUAAUCAACGAAGGAAAAAUAGCCGAUACUUCAAAUCAAAGCCAAUCAAAAGAUAACACAUCGAUUAUUUAUGAUGAUAAUAAGGUGCCAGAUGAUACAAUUACAAAAAAUUAUGUAAAUCAAACGUAUUCGCAAAGAACUAAUCUGGAACCCAAGUCAUUUCAAAAAGUAGAUUCAAAAACUGUAAUGAAAAACAAUAACUCCAACAUCAAUAAUUCCAUGACCCCCCGUAAGGACUCUGAAAAUAAGCCAAUAGUUAGUGAAGAUACUGUUGAUACUAAUCAUAUUUAUGUGACAAAACAAAAUGCAAGUGAUGAUAAUACAAUUAUCGACGCAAAUGAAAAGAAUAAAAUUAAAAGUAAUUAUAAUUUAACUAGUGGUAAUGAUGAAAACGCUUUUGUGGUUACUAUUCAGUCGACAACAAAUAAUCCAUCAAAUAAAAAUGAAACUAGUGAAGUAAAUGGUUCGUCUACUGAAUCAUCAUCAGUCAACACGUCGUUAAAUAAUAUUAAAAUGAAUAAUAAAUCAGAAUCAAAUGAUACAAGUAUAAAUAAUAUAGACAACGUUAACAAAAACACACAACCAGAUCAAUUGGAACCGAAAUCUAGUGCAAAAUUAUCGGAUAAUAUAACAACAAUAAUUAUUCCGUCAAAUAAAAAUGAAACUGGUGAAGUAAAUGGUUCGUCUACUGAAUCAUCAUCGGUCAACACGUCGUUAAAUAAUAUUAAAACGAACAAUAAAUCAGAAUCAAAUGAUACAAGUAUAAAUAAUAUAGAUAACGUUAACAAAAACACACAACCAGAUCAAUUGGAACCGGAAUCUAGUGCAAAAUUAUCGAAUAAUAUAACAACAACAAUUAUUCCGUCAAAUAAAAAUGAAACUGGUGAGGAAAAUGGUUUGUCUACUGAAUCAUCGGUCGACAGGUCGUUAAAUAAUAUUAAAACGGACAAUACAUCAGCAUCAAACGAUACAAGUGUAAAUAAUAUAGACAAUGUUAACAAAAACGCACAACCAGAUCAAUUAGAACCGAAAUCUAGUACAAAAUUAUCGGAUAAUAUAACAACAAUAAUUAUUCCGUCAAAUAAAAAUGAAACUGGUGAAGUAAAUGGUUCGUCUACUGAAUCAUCGGUCGACACAUCGUUAAAUAAUAUUAAAACGAACAAUAAGUCAAAAUCAAAUGAUACAAGUAUAAAUAACAUAGACAACGUUAACAAAAACAUACAACCAGACCAAUUGGAACCGGAAUCUAGUGAAAAUUCAUCGGAUAAUAAUAAUAAUAAUGAUAAUUUAAAUGCUACUACAAAUAGUGCAAAUCAAUCAGAAAACAACUUCAGUUUUGGCGAUUUUUUUUCGAAUAUCUUCAAUGACGGCAUACAUGUCAGUGCAGCAAAAAUAACUGGAGCAGUAGUUGUAUUGUUAUCUGGUGUUGGAGUUGUUGGAACAGCCAUAAAUCGUUAUUAUUAUAAAAAAACUGGUACAGAUCAAAUACCCUUUAAAGGAACGUUUCAGUCAAUUAUUAAUAAAAUUAAAGUUUGCUGUUGUUGUUGUUGUAAUUUUUCUGGCGACGACUUAGAAGCACAAAAUUCUACGAGUGAAAAAUCGCCUCUUUUACAACCUAAAAAUAUAUCGUCACCGCUAUUGGUAGAUGAAACGUCUCAAAAAUCCAAAAAGCGCAGUAAAAGAAGUGACGACGAAAAACAGCAAAAAAGUGAUAGCGCUGACGACGAUAGUAGUCAACAAAAUAGUAACAAAGAUUAUGGGAGUAUGAAAAAUGUAAAAAAAUCGUCGGCUUUUGAAACAAAAUUCUGGAAACGUAAACGCAAUUCUACUAUAGAAGAUAAAUCACUAGUGGAAAAUGUCAAAGAAAAACUUAUUAACGUUGAGAAUAAUUUGCAAAAAAAAUCUAUAAAAGAAGUUAUGGGUGAAAAAAUUAAUACAUUAUUCACUGAAAAAUUAAAACCUACAAUUAAAGAAAUUUUUGGAAAAUUUGGGAAAACAGUUGAAUCAAGUGAAGAAAUUAAGAAGAAUUUGGAUACAAUAUCUAAAGAUGCAGCAAUAAUAUCCAAAUUAGUAAAAAAUGAAAAGUCAGUAAAAAAUGUUGAUGACGUAAAUGUUGAAAUCAAAACUGAAAAUACAAAUUCCCAAUUAAAUAAUGGUGAAAAACAAAUUUUGAACAUAGAACAAAAAAAUGAAAAAGAUGUUAAUAAUAUUAUUGAAAUCAAUACAAAUGUCGAUGAAGUAAAAUCACAAAAUAAUUCAGAAAAAGUACCUUUGAACGAAAAUGAAAUACACAAUGCCGUAGUAGAAGAAAAUAACAGUAGCAUAACGUUUGACGAAUCGCAAAAGUCUCAAAAUGUUAAGCCUAUUCGUGAAAUUACCAUUCCAAAAGUGUCUGUACCGGAUCUUCAACAAAUUGAAACGAAUAAACAAGCAUCCGACAUGAAAAAAGCGAGUACAUUAAAUGAAGUUACGGCCGAAGAAUUAAUUAAAAAUAAAUAUAACGGAAAUACCAUUUUUACGAAAAAUAAUAUUGAAAAACUCGAAGAUACCAUCGUUACUCCUCUCUCAGAGACUGCGGCUAAAAUUAAUGAAUCUAAAUUAAAAUUCUUAGGAAUCGAAAAAGAAGAUAAAAGUAUACAAAAAGUGACGACAAACAAUGAAAAAAAAGGAGAAAAUGAAGAGGAUGAAUUAGUUGAAGUCAUCGAAGAAGUUGUAUACAUUGAUGGUUCUAACGGAGCUGAAGAUGAAGAGAUUAUCGAAGAAAUAAUAGAAACUACUACAAUCGAAGAAGAACCUGACUUUUUGGACGAAUCUGGUUCGGGACACACCAAGGUUACAGUCCGAACAACUCGUAAAAUAUCAUCAUCUUCGUUGCCCGGGGAAGUGACAACCACCGAAGAGACUGUGGUCACUGAUGGUAUACCAGAAAAUAAUAGAAAAUUGUCUGGUUUUGAGUUGGGUAUUGGAAAAUCCGGAGUCAGCAUAAGUGACGGCGAUAAAAAGUUGGAGGUCGGUGUGCCCAAUUUGAAGCUGAAUCGCAGCAAAAGUAAAUCGCCGAAGAACGUAGGUGAUAGUCCUGAUAAGCGAGACACCAAGUCUCCAGAAAAAUCAAAGAGGUUAAUAUCGAUGCCCAAAAUAUUUAAGAGAUCUAUUUCUCAACCGUCUGGCGAUGAUAUCCAAGAAGCUGAGAGCGAGUCACAGUUGGGAUCUACAACUACUAAGAAAUCGCCUCGGCCUAGUGCUGGCUUAUUGAUAUUUGGAAAGUCACGAUCCAAAUCUUCUAUGAUCCUUGAUGAAAAUGACAUCAAGACGAACACAGGUGUGGUGUCAGACUUCAUUGAUAACGAACAAAAUGCGUCUCGUAUAUCGAAUGAAGGACUAGGUGAAUUCGACAAAGCCGCAGAUAAUGCAGAUGUUAACACUACAGUGGUUGUACGUAAGACGUCCACAACAACUUCUACAGGAAAAGAUUUUUCAGCAAGCACAGAUACCGCCGGAAUGUCUCCUACAGGUUUAAAGUUAGAAUCGGCUGAGGCCCAACAAUCGUCUAAAAAUGCCGACACCAAGUCGAACACCAAAUCCAAACGUGAAAAAAAAGACAAAACAAAAUUAACGACAUUAACGCGGCCAUUUUAGAUUUACAUGAAUCUAAGAAAUAUUUUUAAACUUACUGUGUAAAAAACUGAAAUAUUAUUGGUUCAUUUGUGUAUUAAUUAAAAAAAAA